AUGACUGACAUGCAAUCCAAACCAAGUCCAAAUGGGAUCGGAAAAAGUGGUGGUAGUCACCUUGGGUUUAGUGAAAAGACUGAAAGGGUAUUAACCUCAAUUAGAAAUAAAAAGUUUAUUAUUAUGGAUGGUGUUGGUAUCGGUAUCGGUGACGGUGACAGUGGAAGUGACAGGAUUGCUUAG